UAGUCCCGCAUCCCUCAAUGUGACUUCGUUCGUGAAUCUGAGCGUGAUAAUGCAUGCGACGAAUUGAGUUGUCGAUAUCGAUAGGUAAAAAAAAAAUCGGCGAAAAAUUCCAGCCGCAUCCCCGAAUCCCGCUCCACUCACAGAGCAACAUCGACAACGUGCCUUUCUCCCUCGAGACCGACUUCUUCACCGCCUAAUUGAUCACGUCAACGCCGACGACGACUCGGUGUUUUGCUGGCUUUCAUUCCGGUCAUUUCGGUCUUGUUGGCCCGCUCCUCCGCCCCGACCAACCCGCUGUCACCAACAACAACAAUCCGUCGCCCGCCGAGCCAAGCCCAAACUAGACCCCGGCCCCCUCCGUGCCGUCAACAUCGGACGACAGUGUAGCACCCCUUGUCGAAGGACCAUGGCUGCUGCAAACAAGCCCCGUGUGGUGCUCCUCGACAUUGAGGGUACUGUAUGCCCCAUCUCAUUCGUCAAGGAUGUUCUUUUCCCCUACGCGCUCUCCGCCCUGCCCAGCACGCUGGCCCAGGAAUGGGACACGCUCUCCUUCGCCCGGUACCGCGAGGCCUUCCCCGCGGAGCACGCCGGCACGCCCGACGCGCUGGCGGCGCACGUGCGCGACCUGAUGGCGCGCGACGUCAAGGUCGCCUACCUCAAGGCGCUGCAGGGCUACCUGUGGGAGGCCGGCUACGCGUCCGGGGCGCUGCGCGCGCCGCUGUUCGCGGACGUGGCGCCCAAGAUUGAGGAGUGGACUGCUACGGAUACUACUACUACUACUACCUCCAAGGCUGCUAGGGAGGGGGAUGAUGGUGAGGAGGGGGAGAGGGGUGAGGCCGCGCGCGUCAUGAUCUACUCGUCCGGCUCGGUGCCCGCGCAGAAGCUGCUGUUCCGGCACACCAACGGCGAGCCGGCGGACCUGACGGGCAGGAUUGCCGACUACUUUGACACGGUCAAUGCCGGGCCCAAGAUGGAGCGGGCGAGCUACGAGCGCAUCGCGGCCAAGUAUCCCGACGUGCCCGUGGGCGAGUGGCUGUUUCUGAGCGAUAACGUGCGCGAGGUGGAGGCGGCGCGGGAGGCCGGCAUGCGCGCCUGCGUGGUGCAGCGGCCGGGCAACGCUGCGUUGGCGGAGGACGUGAGGGGUCGGCUGGAGGUGGUGGAGAGUUUUGAGCAGCUCUAACUACCUACACAGUAGUUGAUGGAACUGCGUCAAGAGACAGACCGGUAGUGAGAUGGUGUUGCUUGGCGCUUGCGUGUGUGUGUGGUCGAUGCCCAUGGAUUCUCAACGCUGGUUGAUUCUUCGUCGUUCGGUCGGCAUUCGCAGAUCCGUUGGUCUGGAACCGACGCUGAAGCGAGACCGUUCCCCCCAUUGCUUCCCAAUGGGAUAAAUCCCUAGCCCCAAAAGUAAAAGCAUCAAUUGAUGUUUAGUUUGGCCCUUUGGUUGCC